AUGCAACAAGCCUCUUCAUCAUUGAAUACCAACAAUAAUGGAAUUGCAUCUGCCACAACAAUAUCAACUGCAUCAACGAAUGAUUCGAAUGGUAAUGGCAAAUUCUCAAUUGUCGAUCUAACAGAUGAGGUGAAACUCAAGACUCAAUUGAAAGGAGAUAAACUGCUCAAAGUCAACAAGCAAUUCAGAAGCAAUACCGAAUUUCAAGCCAACUACUUUUUCUUCAAGACUGAUAAGAAUGAUAGGAAGAAACGUAAGAACUCAUCCUCUCAUUCAGUUGUAACUCCAACCGAUGAUGAUUUCCUCUCCUCCUCCACCUCUCAAUAUGAUGCUGCUGCCAUUCAUCAUGAUUCUUCGAGUGCCAAUAGCAAUUAUUCACAUAAAAGAAGAAACACAAUAUCUGGUAUUUCUCUCUUGCAAACUACCUUUAAUGUUUCAGGUUUGCAUCAUUCUGAUUCGAUGAAUCAAUUGUAUCAUAGUAAUAAUACUAAUCCUCAACAACAAAAUCUCAAUUCGGUUACAACAGCAACAACCGCAACAUCAGAAUUGAAUGGUGAUGAUUCUCAUCCACUCUUUAUUGAUACAUCAGCUCAAAGUAUGUAUCAUAGUUAUAGUAAUGAUAGUAUCUAUACUCCAACAAAGGUUGUAAGAAUCUCAUCCUCAUAUCCAAAUAAUUUCAGUUAUGGAGGAAUGACUGAUUCAAUGAUGAUGGAUUUGAAUUCAAAUUCUAAUUCAUCAACUCCAAGAAGCUCAUACACUAGUAACAAUAGUGGAAUGAUUAGUCCUCCACCCAAUAAUGCUCACAAUAAUUUGCAAAGAGUUCAAUCAUUUGGAGGUCAACCAAGUGCUGAAUUUGAUUUCUUUACCAAGUUGUUAGAAUUGGAAGGAAGCAAUGGCAAUACUUCAAUGUUCAAUGUUGGAGGAAGCAAUACUCAAAGUGGUACUUCAGAUUCAGUUCAUAGACAGAGAAGAUCCAGUAUUAGAAGAGCAUCAGUGUCAACACCAAGAGGUGGAAGUUUGAAUGCAGUCAAUGCUAAUAGUAAUGUUCAUGAACCAAACAGUUCCCAGCAAACUCAAUCAGUUGUAAAUAUGAAUAGUGUAGAUUUGAGUCAACUUUCUCAAUCCUUUAACUAUCAACAAUUCAAACAACGAUAUGCUAGUAACCAUCAACCAAUCAAAAUUCCUCAACAAAAGGCAAACAAGAUGAGAAUAAGGGAAACUGCAUCUUCAAGCUACAGUUAUUCACCAGUCUCAAGAACUCCUGUCUCUUCCCAUUCCUCAAACAGUGAUAUUCCAAGUUAUGAUUUUUCAUCUUUUCUCAUCUCUGAAUCUUACCAACAAGAACCUUCUCACAAUACUGUGCCAAUGCAACAAACACCACUAGAUGAGAUUUCAAUGAUUGAUACAAACCAAGAAGAUUCCAUGAUUGGAUCCUUUGAAAACGUAUUUCUCCAAGAUGAAGACGAAGAAACAAAGCAACAAGAACGUGAUGAAAAUAUGGAUGAAUUCUUAUCCAUGUUCUUACCUUAAGGAGAGCUCUGCAAAACCAAAGUAAAAGGGCAAGUCUAUUUUGUAAAUAAAAAAGUAAAAUGUUUUU